AUGGAAAUGAAAAAUUUUACUGGAGGUGAAAACCUGCAAACAGCUGUAGAAUUCUUCUGCUCUGCAGAAUUUACUGGAGAGGUACAUGGCGAGCUCAUUUUUCUCUCUGUCGUUAACACUUGUUUGUCCAUUACGGCAUUUUUAGGGAACGCUCUGAUCCUAGUUGCCCUAAACAAGGACAAAUCCAUUCAUCCGCCGUCCAAACGCCUGUAUCGUAACCUAGCGAUAACUGAUCUUUGUGUUGGUAUCAUGGGGGAGCCUCUGUAUGUUGCUUGUAUGAUGUCCGUGGUGAACAAAAGAUGGGCUAUAUGCUAUUACGCAUGUUUGGCAGUAUAUUUCGCAGGUGUUACUUUGCGUGGAGUGUCGUUGAUAACACUGACUGCAAUAAGCGCGGACAGACUUCUCGCUUUGCUACUGGGUCUCAGAUACAGACAAGUUAUAACUUUGAAAAGAACAUGUUUAAUUGCUAUUGGUGGUUGGAUUGUGUCCAUUGUCGGUGCAUCUAUCUCCUUUCUUAAUCUUCGUAUAUUUUCAUUGUACCAAUAUAUUGCUACAGCUUUUUGUUUAGUUACUACAAUCUGUGCCUACAUAAAAAUUUUCAUGUCUCUGCGUCAUAACCAAAUUCAUGGUCAGAACCAUGUUGUUCAAGGACAAUCGAGCCAAGCAAAUACACUGAAUAUAGCUCGAUACAGAAAGGCAGUAUACAGUGCACUGUGGGUGCAGGUAACAUUGGUUAUUUGUUAUCUGCCGUACAGUAUAGCUGUAGCUUUCAGAACACGUCAAGGGGGGAUGCUUAUAUCUACUUACCUUGCUAGGGAAUUUACAGCUACUUUAUUGUAUUUAAACUCGUCGUUAAACCCCUUGCUGUACUGCUGGAAGAUCACAGAAGUGAGACAAGCUGUAAAAGAAACAUUACAACUACACUUCCGUAUCAACUAAGACUUAGACUAAGAGUUAUGGAAUUAAGACUACCAGUUGUAAAAAGCCGUCCAGAAAGUAUAGUUUUAGCUUGUCAAAGGAACCUUUACUAACAAACCUGAUAGGAAACUGAUAGGAAACUAUUGUGCUAUUUGUUUUUGCCAAUUGCACGGCAGCAACAAGAUUGCAAAUAACUCUGUUGUCGUUUAAUAAAAUGAAAAUACAGCCCACGUAUCUAAUUGGUUUUUGACAUGAUGAAGCUAUCAUAUAAGAAAAUCAGAUCUACUGUAUUUAAAAAAGGUUCGCUUGAACGUAUUUGUUUCGGAGAAAAGUCAUGGUAAUGCCAAACUAGCAAACAAUUAGGGAACUGUAUUGUUCUGCAAAAUUCACUGGAGAGUCGAGGAGAGGUACAUGGCGAGCUAAUUUUUCUCUAAGACAAAGGAGGACAGCUAAAUAUGAUGGUGGUGCAAGUUCCAUGUUAAUAUUUUGGGUUUACUAUACUCAAUCGAAGUGACGUCACCAUGGCGUUUUUAAUUUUUAAUAUUCUACCUUUCUGAUAACAGAUCCGAAUUGGACGCGCCGGGAGAUGAUGUGAACGAGGGAAAUAAAAAUAGAAACAAUUUAAAUGAAGAUAUAAUCUUGACUAGUGAAAUAGCAAUUUAAGCAAUUGCUAAUAAACCGCCCAAAAUGUUAAAGUUAUAGCCCACACAGUUUGACAUGUUUGGGGAUAUACUCGGUUAAGACUUCCUCGUCAAAGAAAAUGAAGCCAGUGAAGUGAAGUGAGACAAGCUGUAAAAGAAACAUUACAACAAAUACACUUCUGUAUCAACUAUGACUUAGACUAAGACUUAUGGCAAUAAGACUACCAGUUGUAAACCGCCGUCCAGAAAGUGUAGUUUUGGCUUGUUAAAGGAACAUCUACAAACGAACUUGAUAGGAAACUAUAAAAUAUGAAAGAAAAAAAAUAAUUAGAACUUUAUUCUUCUUUAAGUUUACGUGGAACCACACCUCGCUUGUCAUUUGUUUUUCACCAAAUUCAAAUCAAAUAUGUCUCAAACAUGAAAGAGGAGCUUUCGUGGCUUUUGACUGAAUGGAGAGGAGCCCAGAGAAAAUACAUUUUACCUUUCAAUAGGUAACAACAGCUCGACUUAGAAUAUCAGACAAACGACUUAUUGACGAGAUCAAGCAAACCUAACUUCGAGAGAAUGACAAUUUGCCUAACAAUAGAUCGUUUUCACUGUCACGCAACAAAAAAAUAAAUUGAAAACCGUCAAGUGAAAGAAGCCAAGAAAAUGAUAUGUUAUAAAAGACUAAUUUUUAAACAAUUUGUCCAAGUCUGAGGUCUUUUUGGCCCACAGUUUCUGAGUUAUUUGCCGAAACGUUUCACGCAUCUUUGUAGAGCUUUGUCUGGAGACGCCAUAUUGGUGCACAGUUUUGGUGCACCAAUAUGGCCGCCGAAAAUCAACAAAAACAUUCGGAGUUCACUUGUUCUAUAAAAGCUCCAUCUUUUCACUCGAGAACUAGCCUACGUGCGCAUAAACAUAUCUUCUAAUACUUGAAAUGGUUAUACUACUGAAAAUCAAGAGGAGAGACUUUUUUUUCAACGAGACAGCAUUCCUAUUUUGGUGUCACGCACUCUGAAAACUCGGAAGUUCAAAUUGCUGUAUUUUCGAAGUGAAACAUGCUAUGGGACUGAAAACUUGUACAAAGAUUAACUUUUUGUUUAUCUUCAACCUAGUGUAAAUAAGAAUUCGUAAAACCUCGCUAUUUUGAGUUUACAAUUUGAUGACGUCACUGUGAAAACCAUCUAUAGACGACUGUUUAACUGUGACAACAGACGGAUCGAAACGCACCAAUUACUGAUUACGAGUCUUCAUAGCCAAUAACUUCACGGCUUAACUGACAGACAAUCAAUAACAUCGCAACGUAAUUGAACAAUCAGAUCAAUAACCAGAGUAUAAUACCAUCAACUGACAUGAUACAAUUCACUUUGACUCUGAAGAUGACUACCGCACAGGUUGUCGAACGUCAGUCACUGUAAACAACAACAGUCCUAUUCAGGACUACGUUCACCCGGACUCAACCUACUUUUGAAAUGACUCCUGGGCUCAAACCUUUACCAGUAACUGCAAAACAUAUUUAAAUCAGCACUGCGUUAGCUUGUUUGGAACAGCUUUUUCCAAUUCCGUUAUAAUGCCCCUCGGAUAUAAGCCCCUCCAUUCAAUUUAUCAAGAGCUUUUCUUAGAACCCUUACAAAGACGUAUAAUCCCAGGGCUUUUACGCGGCAGUUUACGGCACCGCAUAUCAUAUAUAUGUUUGGCUCACAAACUUAACACCUCCGUUAGCAAAAUUUUCUCUUUCUUGCUUUCACUAUGUUUAAUAAAACUGCUGAUUGCUCUCAGUUAAUCGUCGAAUUUAAGUUUUUUUCAUUGUUUUUUUAUGAUAAAAACAGGUUACAUUCUGAUUUCCUAAGCUCGAACGAAUGCUUUAUUUUCUUUAAUUCCCACCUCGUAAAUGGCCCAGACUUUCGAGUCCAUUAUUUGAACAUUUGUACAUUGUUACUGAGACCUCACUGUCUGCGAUGACAUUAUGAGCGCGUCAGUUUAACUUCUAGCAAUUGACGAAAACCGUUUUUUACUCAAUUUGAAUAUAGCUAUUUCGAGGAAGGUUGUCGGAAAAAGUGCGCGCGACAAUCCCAAAAGGUAUUGUGGGUAAUUUUGAGUUCACUUUUCUUCAAAGAAAUUUUAAAGAAUGGCACUUGAGGCCAUGGACAUGUGUUUGCGAGUGCUAAAGGAAAGCACCACAAAUAAAUUUGACAGCUAUAAUCGUCAGGAACAGUGUAUUGAUCAUAUCCCAUGUUACCUUUCGGGAUUGUCGCGUGCACAUUUUUCCGACAACGUUUCUCGAAAUAGCUGUAUAUGCUUAACAGAAAUAUCGAUCAAGACUUGGUUAAUAGACUUUUUAUUACUUUUUAUCGCGCAAGAUGGCGGGUGGAGAGUUAAACGCGUGGAGGGUUUAACAGUCCAGAAUUUAAGAGUUUAAGUGUACAGAAUUUAACCCAGAGCAUGAGUUUAACGGUGUGUCUCCCCUUGAACAGUUUUAAAAAAGAAUAUAAACUCUUUCUACUUGACAGUCAGGCAUCUUGAACAACUUUAAUCUGUUACUUAGUUUUAUUUAUUUAAUUAUUUAAUUUAAAUAGUUUUUUUUAUUAGUACCGUAUAACCUCUACCCACUUGUAAUUGCUCUGUGGUAGUAGCCAACUCGAAAGCUUGGCUCCUUUGGCUGCUUCACACUCUUCCUUUUUUAUGUUUAAUUCAAUGUAUAAUUAGCUCUGUUUUUUACUUCUUCCUUUUUUCCUUUUUGUUGUAUUGUAAUUGAAUAAGUGGGAAUAAAUGAACUUGAACUUGAACUUGAACAGUUUAACUCGUUUUCUAAGAGCCAGGCAAUUGUGCUAUUUGCUCGAUGAUCGCACAGCAACACAAAGGCAACACUAAGAUUGUCGAAUUCCAUCGUUUAAUAAACUGAAAAUACAGAGCAAAUAUUUAAUUGUUUGCUGACAAGGUGCAUGUAGCAGUCAUAUAAGGAGGACAGAUAUAUUAAAAAAGAGUUCAGUUGACUGUAGCCGCAUCGCAGAAAAGUCAUGGAAAUGAAAAAUUUUACGGGAGGUGAAAACCCGCCAACAAUUGCAGAACUUUACUGCUCGGUGGAAUUUACUGGAGAGGUACAUGGCGAGCUCUUUUUUCUCUGUUUCCUUAACACUUUUUUGUCAAUUACAGCAUUUUUGGGGAAUACUCUGAUCCUAGUUGCCCUUCACAAGGACACAUCAAUUCAUCUGUCAUCCAAACUCCUGUAUCGUAACCUAGCGAUAACCGAUCUCUGUGUUGGUAUCAUUGCGGAGCCUCUACAGGUUGCAUAUUGCAUAUCUGUGGUGAACAAAAGAUGGGAUGUUUGCUAUUACACAUAUUUGAUAACAUAUUUGCUAGGUGUUACUUUGUGUUCAGUGUCCUUGAUAACACUGACUACAAUAAGCGUGGACAGACUUCUCGCUUUGCUACUGGGUCUCAGAUACAGACAAGUUGUAACUUUGAAAAGAACGCGUUUUAUUGCUAUUGGUGGUUGGAUUGUGUCUGUUGUCGGUGCAUCUACAUUAUUUCUGAAUCUUCUUGUUUUUUCAUUGUACCAAUAUAUUGGUGCAGCCUUUUGUUUGGUCACUACAAUCUGUGCCUACACAAAAAUCUUCAUGUCUCUGCGUCAUAACCAACUUCAUGUUCAGAACCAUGUUGUUCAAGGGCAAUCGAGCCAAGUAAAUACACUGAAUAAAGCUCGAUACAGAAAGGCAGUGUACAGUGCUCUGUGGGUGCAAGUAACAUUGGUUAUUUGUUAUUUGCCGUUCUUUAUAGCUGUAGCUUUAAGACGUCAAAGGCGAAUGUCUUUAUCUACGUACCUUGCUUUGCAAUUUACAGUUACUUUAGUGUAUUUAAACUCGUCGUUAAACCCGUUUCUGUACUGCUGGAAGAACAGAGAAGUGAGAAAAGCUGUAAAAGAAACAGUGCAACAACUAUACUUCUGUAUCAACUAAGACUUAGACUAAGAACAUUUACUAACGAACUUGAUAAGAAAAUAUAUAUAAGAAAACCAGACAAAUGUCCUAGUCCGAAUUGCACCUUUAAGAUUGUUUUCUGUUUCAUUGCAGAUUGUAAAGACACAAACAAAAUCAUUUGUUUAUGUUAAAAGUUUAAUAAUCAUACAAAAAAUGAAAAUGUCACUAAAACUAGUCAGUUAGCUGAUUAGUUCUCUGGCAAUGAAGACUACGAAGUAGGGACGUACUCUUAAAGAGAACAGCUCACUUGAUCGCAACACCACACACGUACCACACCGACAAACUCUUUUGACUAAUGUUUUUUAAAGCCAGAAGACAAUCAGAGAGCUUUACUGUUCUCCGGAAUUUACUGCAGAGGUACAUGUGUACUGUCGCACUUUGUAAUAAUCGUCGCACUUUGUAAUACCUGUCGCACUUUGUAAUAAAAUUGUCACACUUUGUAAUACCUGUCGCACUUUGUAAUAACACUUGUCGCACUUUGUAAUAAAAAAGCUGUCGCACUUUCUAAUAACAGACCAUCGCACUUUGUAAUAAAAAAAGCUGUCGCACUUUGUAAUAACACUUGUCGCACUUUGUAAUAAACUUGAAACAGAUGGUUGGAGGACAAGUAAACCCAGUAAUAAGUUUCAUCAUCGACAACAACAACAACUACAAUAAUAAUAAUAAGUGUCUCAUCAACUUCUGGCUUCAAGAAGUACAACUCUUUAUAUGCGGACGACCUCGAUAGAGAGAAAGUGUCUACGCCUAUGACAGGGAGAGUCGUUUAAAAUGUGAGUUUGUAUUGGAAUUUCAUUUAAUUGAUUGUUAGUAAAAGUAAUUAGAGGUGUCCUUCAGGCGAAACGUGAUCGUAUAAGCAAAAUAUUUUUAAAGUUUUACUACUAGCACAGGAAACUAGAAAACCUAUGAUUUCGUCACCUGCGAGGUAUUACUUGAGACAUAUACAGAGAUAUUACUUGAUUUGUAUUUAUUACCAGGAAUAAGCUUUACUGUAUUUCAUAAAACCAAAUGAAAAUUACAAACUCAGAGCACAACCCGGUGCCACAAUCAUUGUCAUCAUCAUCAUUAUUGUCACUAUUAUUUUCGCACUAAAAUGUUCUUUAAAACAUUGCAUAUCACGUCAUUGUGCCACGAUGACCACUACUAAUGUUGUGGAAAUUUCGAAUACGCUGGAACCCAAAUGAAACGGCAUCAUUGUGAUAAAUACACAAAACCAGUGUUAGAUCUGGAUAUAGUUAAAGGCUACGUGCUGUGUACAGCUGAACAUUGUUCUCUGAGAUCGCGUAAACCUAAACUUUACGGAGAUAUUAAAAGCAGAUACCCUAAGAUUACGGCAGCUAUGGAAAAAUUAUUAUAUUUUUGAGUAGACAAAUCUCAUAAACGGGCCCCAAAUUCAACAGGAAUACGCGCGAACUGAACAAAUUGUCUGUCGUACACUUAAGCUUUAAAGGUUCUGCUCAACUUACACAAUUUUCCCUUGCUGAACAUAAACCGUACCGAGCCGUAUCUUGGUCCGCUAUAUAUAAGCUAUAUCAUGGUUCAAAUAUUAAACUGUAAGAUCCCUGAAAGAGAUCUCCUCAAUGGAGCAAUAUGUAAAAGGUUUUCAAAGGUUUCACGCCGGUGAAGAUGAGCGGCCUGUCACCUCUUGCAAGUUUUUACUUUAUUAUUAUUAUUAUUAUUAUUAUUAUUAUUAUUAUUAUUAUUAUCAUCAUUAUUAUUGUCGUUGUUGUUGUUGUCGAUGAUGACACUGAUUACUGGGUUUACUUGUCCUCCGACCAUCUGUUUCAAGUUUAUUACAAAGUGCGACAAGUGUUAUUACAAAGUGCGACAGGUAUUACAAAGUGUGACAAUUUUAUUACAAAGUGCGACAGGUAUUACAAAGUGCAACGAUUAUUACAAUGUGCGACAGUACAACAUGGCGAACUUAUCUUGAAAAUACAUGCACUGCAUAAAUAACAGCUGUUGAUAACCAUAAAAGCCACUAUGUUCAUAGUAUAAUCAAGUUUAACAAACGUCAUAAGUUCAGUUUGGUAAAACUAAUCAGGGCGCAAUACAAAUAUUUCGCUGAGCUUGGUAAUUUUUUUUGCGCGUCACACAGGAAAACAGGAACACGUUGAUUUGGCCAAUUGAUUGUUUGGUGAAUCAUAAUAAAAACUUAUCUUCUCGGAGAAAUGGUAGUCUUUCGUUGUUUUCACUUUAUUUGUAAUUAAACUUUAAUUUGAAUAAUUAUUAUAGGUAAGUGCAUCAAUCUUAGCCAUGGGUAUAGCUGUCCGGCAAACUGUGAAAGUUUUACCUCGAAUUAUGGAUUGCUUACUAGCCUACGUAAUUCAGUUUACUUUAACAAAGAGAAGAACAACAACAGUCAACAAGCUGUAAACUAAUGGAACAACAGAUAGAGGUGCUAUGUACAAGUUGCUGUAUAUGGGGAAAGUAUAUAUAUAUAGUUUUACCUGCAUUUUUGAACUUGGCAAUUUAAAACAAUGAAAAUUCAUUAAAAGGCCGAUUAAAAGCCUUUAUCUGACGCCAGGCAGGAGUCAGUAGUGGUCCCUAGAAGUAUUUCAACGAGUCACAAUUUUAAUGAUGUCAAGUGAUUUCUGCACCGUUCUUUGAAGUUAGUCGGUUGCAGGCAAUUACCUUCAAGAGGGCAUUCCGGUUUCUUGACGGUAAUUGCCUCAGACAAAACGUGAUUUAUCAAGCGGCUGUAACGACUGGGACAACACCAGAAUCAUACAUUGGACUCAGUGGCCACUACCUUCAAAGAACGGUACAGAAAUCACUUGACAUCCCCAACUCGCUGUUCUACGCUCGUUUCCCAGACCCCGCAUUGAACUCCACCCUCCUCACUUAGCUUUGGAAAAGAAACACGUUUCACGCGCAAAAAUUCUCAAAGGCAGUCUUAAAAUUGCUCAGUCUCCGCAGUAGUUGCAUUUUGUUCCACAAAACUUGGCGGAGUUGCUUGACGGCACCUCAGUGCAAAAACUGUAGAACUAAAAAAAAUGCCCUUCAGCAUGACUUCAGGGUGAAUCUGUUAUCAGAGGGUCUACCGAGUUGUGUAGCUCGGCGGCCGUUAUUGUACAAAGUAAAUCUACCUAGAUGUGAAGCUCGGAGGCGCUUUUUCAUUACUGGACUCAAUUCUAUAAUAUAUAUUAUUUACAUUUUAUUACCUUGUUUUUGCAUUAUAUUUCCUCGUUUUUGCUCUGUGUUUAAUAAAACUGCACUGCUCUCGGCCAAUCCUCAGAUUUAAGAAUUGUUUUUCAAUCAUGCUAUUACUAUGAUGAAAAACAGGUUACAUUCAAAUAAUUCCCUAAGUUCUGAAACAGUUUCAGUUUCAGUUUACUUUUUUUUUUUUUUUGCCAGAAAAAAAUACAAAUGCAUACAGACAUUCAAUAUAUUACAAAAAUGUUAUUUAAAGAUUGAAGAGACAUAAAUUGUAAGGAAAAGAAUUAAACAAAAAUUUCUGGCGAGGACGCUCAAAUGGAAACCUUGAGGCUUAUUAUAUGAGCUCCCUCCCUACUCUAAGAUUAAACAUAAUGAAUAAAUAAACGGCAAAGUCAUACUGAAAUAUAAUUAGGAUAAAAAGCAAGCAAAACAAAACGGACAAAACAGACAAAAUGCAGCAAAAAACAAGUAUUAUUUACAAAUGGUUAAUCAACUGAGAAGAAAAUGUUUUUAAUAUGGAUUUAAAAAGAGAGAUAGUAGCAGCAAAAACGAACAUAAAGCAUUUUUUUCUCUUUAAUUCUCAUCUCGUGAGUAUAUGGCACAAACUGACCCAGACAUAAUUUAGCCCAUUUUUUGAACAUGUGUAUACUGUUAAGACUUCCUGGCUGCGAUGAGACGAUUAGUAGUACAUUAAUAAAAAGCCCUUUUUUAAUCAAUUUGAAUCUUUGUUCUACAGAUGUAUCGAUCAAGACUCGGUUAAGAAACUUUGUUUCACUGAUCAUGACAGUUUAGCUCGUUUUCUAAAAACCAGACAAUUGUGCUAUUUGUUUUGUCAACUGCACGGCAGCAACAAGAUUUCCAAUAACUCUGUCGUUGGUUUGUGACAUGAUGAAGAUAUCAUAUAAGGUAAAUAGAUAUAUUAAAAAAAGGUUCGCUUGAACGUAGUUGCUUCGGAGAAAAGUCAUGGUAAUGACAAACGACCAAACAAUUAGAGAACUGUAUUGUUCUGCAAAAUUCACUGGAGAGUCGAGGAGAGGUAUAUGGCGAGCUAAUUUUACUCUAAGACAAAAGAGGACAGCUAAAUAUGAUGGUGAAUGAUGGUGCAAGUUCCAUGUUAAUAUUUUGGGUUCAUUAUACUCAAUCGAAAUGAACAUCAAUCACCAUGGUGUUUUUAAUUUUGAAUAUUCUACCUUUCCUAUAACAGAUCCGAAUUGGACGCGCCGGGAGAUGAUGUGAACGGGGAAAAUAAAUUUAAAAAACAAUUUAAAUGAAGAUAUAAUCUUGACGUAGUGAAAUAGCAAUUUAAGCAAUUGCAAAUAAACCGCCAAAAAUGUAGCCCACACAGUCUGACAUGUUUGGGGAUAUACUCGCUUAAGACUUCCUCUUCUAGCCAAUUAUUGCUGGUAUCCAUGUGAACGUCAGUCAAAGCUGAAGAAAAACGGCACAAUCAAUUUGAACCUACAAAAUAUAGAAACACUGAAAACCCCCCAACUUUAAUAUAAGCCCCACCAGUAAAAGGCUCGCCAAUAUAAGCUCCCCUCUUGCUUGUAUUGAAAUGAAUGUGAUAUAUUAUGAUAUUUUGAAGCGUUUACCAGUAACUGCAAAACAUAUUUAAAUCAGCACUGCUUUAGCUUGUUUCCCACAGCUUUUUAGGCUCGAUUACCAGCCGCUGUUCGGGAAAAUGAGCCCUCACUCAUCCCCCCGAAAGAGCGGGUCUCUCUUCGGGGAGGAUCAAAGACCGGACCCGGGAGACGGCGGAAAUCGAGCCUAACAGCUUUUUCCAUUCACGUUAUAUUCCCCCUCGGAUAUAAGCCCCUCCGUUUAAUUUAUAAGUCCUCCUAAAACCGCUUACGAAGAUGUAUAAUCCCAGGGCUUUUUAAGCGGCAGUUUGCAGCACCGCAUAUCAUAUGCUCGGCUCACAAACGUAACACCUCCUUUAGCAAAAUUUUCUCGUUCUUCCUCUCACUAUUUACUAUUUACUUACUAAAACUGCAUUGCUCUCAGCUAGUCGUCGAUUUCAAUAUAUAUAUAUAUAUUUUUCAUGAUUUUUAUUAUGAUAAGAAAUUCUAAUUUCCUAAGCUAGAACGAACGUUUUAUUUUCUUUAAUUCCCAUCUCGUAAAUGCCCCAGACUUUAGAGCCCAUUAUUUGAACAUUUGUACAUUGUUACUGAGACUUCGGUGCCUGCGAUGACCAUAUGAGCGCCCCGCGCGCGUCAGUUUAACUUCUGGCAAUUGACGAAAACCCGUUUUCUAUUCAAUUUGAAUAUAUGCUUAACAAAACUAUCGAUCAAGACUUAGUACGGUUAAUAGACUUCUUAUUACUAACAGUUUAACUCGUUUUCUAAAAGCCAGGUAAUUAUGCUAUUUGCUCCUUAAUCGCACAGCAAAACAAAGGCAACAGCAAGAUUGUCGAAUUACGCCGUUUAAUAAACUGAAAAAACAAAGCAAAUAUUUAAUUGUUUGCUGACAAGGUGCAUGUAGCAGUCAUAUAAGGAGGACAGAUAUAUUGAAAAGAGUUCAGUUGACUGUAGCCGAAUAGCAGAAAAGUCAUGGAAAUGAAAAAUUUUACUGGAGGUGAAAACCUGCAAACAGCUGUAGAAUUCUUCUGCUCUGCAGAAUUUAUACUGGAGAGGUACAUGGCGAGCUCAUUUUUCUCUCUGUCGUUAACACUUGUUUGUCCGUUACAGCAUUUUUAGGGAACGCUCUGAUCCUAUUUGCCCUUCACAAGGACACAUCAAUUCAUCCGCCAUCCAAACUCCUGUAUCGUAACCUAGCGAUAACUGAUCUUUGUGUUGGUAUCAUGGGGGAGCCUCUGUAUGUUGCUUGUAUGAUGUCCGUGGUGAACAAAAGAUGGGCUAUAUGCUAUUACGCAUGUUUGGCAGUAUAUUUCGCAGGUGUUACUUUGUGUGGAGUGUCGUUGAUAACACUGACUGCAAUAAGCGCGGACAGACUUCUCGCUUUGCUACUGGGUCUCAGAUACAGACAAGUUAUAACUUUGAAAAGAACAUGUUUAAUUGCUAUUGGUGGUUGGAUUGUGUCCAUUGUCGGUGCAUCUAUCUCCUUUCUUAAUCUUCGUAUAUUUUCAUUGUACCAAUAUAUUGCUACAGCUUUUUGUUUAGUUACUACAAUCUGUGCCUACAUAAAAAUUUUCAUGUCUCUGCGUCAUAACCAAAUUCAUGGUCAGAACCAUGUUGUUCAAGGACAAUCGAGCCAAGCAAAUACACUGAAUAUAGCUCGAUACAGAAAGGCAGUAUACAGUGCACUGUGGGUGCAGGUAACAUUGGUUAUUUGUUAUCUGCCGUACAGUAUAGCUGUAGCUUUCAGAACACGUCAAGGGGGGAUGCUUAUAUCUACUUACCUUGCUAGGGAAUUUACAGCUACUUUAUUGUAUUUAAACUCGUCGUUAAACCCCUUGCUGUACUGCUGGAAGAUCACAGAAGUGAGACAAGCUGUAAAAGAAACAUUACAACUACACUUCCGUAUCAACUAA